AUGCCUGCCGCUGGAGAAAUCGGGGUGAACAAUGACCUCAACAUUGACGAUGUUGACGAGGUGAACGAUGACGUCAUCAUUGACGAUGUUGACAAAGUGAACGAUGACCUCAACAUUGACGAUGUCGACGAGGUGAACGAUGACGUCAACAUUGACGAUGUCGACAAAGUGAACGAUGACGUCAUCAUUGACGUUGUUGACGAGGUGAACAAUGACCUCAACAUUGACGAUGUCGACAAAGUGAACGAUGACGUCAUCAUUGACGAUGUUGACGAGGUGAACGAUGACCUCAACAUUGACGAUGUUGACAAAGUGAACGAUGACCUCAUCAUUGACGAUGUUGACAAAGUGAACGAUGACCUCAUCAUUGACGAUGUUGACAAAGUGAACGAUGACCUCAUCAUUGACGAUGUUGACAAAGUGAACGAUGACCUCAUCAUUGACGAUGUUGACAAAGUGAACGAUGACCUCAUCAUUGACGAUGUUGACAAAGUGAACAAUGACCUCAUCAUUGACGAUGUUGACAAAGUGAACGAUGACCUCAUCAUUGACGAUGUUGACAAAGUGAACGAUGACCUCAUCAUUGACGAUGUUGACAAAGUGAACGAUGACCUCAUCAUUGACGAUGUUGACAAAGUGAACGAUGACCUCAUCAUUGACGAUGUUGACAAAGUGAACGAUGACCUCAUCAUUGACGAUGAUGACAAAGUGAACAAUGACCUCAACAUUGACGAUGUUGACAAAGUGAACGAUGACCUCAUCAUUGACGAUGAUGACAAAGUGAACAAUGACCUCAUCAUUGACGAUGUUGACAAAGUGAACAAUGACCUCAUCAUUGACGAUGUUGACAAAGUGAACGAUGACCUCAUCAUUGACGAUGAUGACAAAGUGAACAAUGACCUCAACAUUGACGAUGUUGACAAAGUGAACGAUGACCUCAUCAUUGACGAUGUUGACAAAGUGAACGAUGACCUCAUCAUUGACGAUGAUGACAAAGUGAACAAUGACCUCAUCAUUGACGAUGUUGACAAAGUGAACGAUGACCUCAUCAUUGACGAUGUUGACAAAGUGAACGAUGACCUCAUCAUUGACGAUGUUGACAAAGUGAACGAUGACCUCAUCAUUGACGAUGUUGACAAAGUGAACGAUGACCUCAUCAUUGACGAUGUUGACAAAGUGAACGAUGACCUCAUCAUUGACGAUGUUGACAAAGUGAACGAUGACCUCAUCAUUGACGAUGUUGACAAAGUGAACGAUGACCUCAUCAUUGACGAUGUUGACAAAGUGAACGAUGACCUCAUCAUUGACGAUGUCGACAAAGUGAACGAUGACCUCAUCAUUGACGAUGUUGACAAAGUGAACGAUGACCUCAUCAUUGACGAUGUUGACAAAGUGAACAAUGACCUCAUCAUUGACGAUGUCGACAAAGUGAACGAUGACCUCAUCAUUGACGAUGUUGACAAAGUGAACGAUGACCUCAUCAUUGACGAUGAUGACAAAGUGAACAAUGACCUCAACAUUGACGAUGUUGACAAAGUGAACGAUGACCUCAUCAUUGACGAUGUUGACAAAGUGAACGAUGACCUCAUCAUUGACGAUGAUGACAAAGUGAACAAUGACCUCAUCAUUGACGAUGUUGACAAAGUGAACGAUGACCUCAUCAUUGACGAUGUUGACAAAGUGAACGAUGACCUCAUCAUUGACGAUGUCGACAAAGUGAACGAUGACCUCAUCAUUGACGAUGUUGACAAAGUGAACGAUGACCUCAUCAUUGACGAUGUUGACAAAGUGAACGAUGACCUCAUCAUUGACGAUGUUGACAAAGUGAACGAUGACCUCAUCAUUGACGAUGUUGACAAAGUGAACGAUGACCUCAUCAUUGACGAUGUUGACAAAGUGAACGAUGACCUCAUCAUUGACGAUGUUGACAAAGUGAACGAUGACCUCAUCAUUGACGAUGUUGACAAAGUGAACGAUGACCUCAACAUUGACGAUGUUGACAAAGUGAACGAUGACCUCAUCAUUGACGAUGUUGACAAAGUGAACAAUGACCUCAUCAUUGACGAUGUUGACAAAGUGAACAAUGACCUCAUCAUUGACGAUGUUGACAAAGUGAACGAUGACCUCAUCAUUGACGAUGUUGACAAAGUGAACGAUGACCUCAUCAUUGACGAUGUUGACAAAGUGAACGAUGACCUCAUCAUUGACGAUGUUGACAAAGUGAACGAUGACCUCAUCAUUGACGAUGUUGACAAAGUGAACGAUGACCUCAUCAUUGACGAUGAGGUUACCAUCCCUCCCAUCCGCCACCUCUUCAGCUUCAUCCACCGCCACCCCACGCAGCCCCCCGCGCCGCCGGCAAGGAUCGAGUCGGGCCGAGGUGGACUUGGGGACGCGUGGGGGAUGAACAGCAAUGUCCCCCUGGAGACCAGACACUUCCUCUUCAAGCCCGGUUCUUCCCCUCUACUGGCGGGGGGCCUCAGCGUCGCCGCGGGGAGCGGGGCAGCGCUGGCCCCGCGGGCGGCGUUCUCGUUCCACAAGCCCGAGCGGCGCCGCUGCUCGUGGCGCUGCGCGGCGCUCAGCGCCACGGGGCUCGCGGCCACCCUCGCAGUGCUGCUCGCAUACUUCGUCGAUUGCGUGGAGCAAUGA